AUGGACACGCGGUUCCAUUGCGUGUACCUGCUCACGAGCCUCGACCCGCAGUGUGUGGGGGAGUACUACGUUGGCUACACGGUCAACCCCAUUCGGCGUCUGCGGCAGCACAACGGGGAGCUCGUGAGCGGGGCGUGGCGCACCAAGCGCCGUGGGCGUCCGUGGGAGCUCGUUUGCUGCGUCUCCGGCUUCGGAGAGGACCGCAUCGCCCUGAAGUUUGAGUGGUGCUGGCAGCACCCGACAAAGUCUACCCGCCUGAAGACGCACAUGCCGCAGCUGCGUGGGGUGCACCGCCUUCCAUACGCGGUUGGGGUGCUGCAUCUCUUGCUGCGGGCCGAACUCUUCGCACGGCUGCAGCUCACGCUCCACGUCUUUGAGCCGGCGCGCUUUGGGGAGGUGGUGGCGGAGCUGCAGCGUCGGGCUCCGUUGCUGCCCCAGUUGUCGGAAACCUCGCUGCUGCGCAUAGAGGAGACGACGAAGGAGCGGUUCACGGCCCACCACCUUGCCGGGACGGAGGGGGGAGGGGACGCCGCCGUGGACGGCUGCGUCUACUUCAUGACGGCGCAACUCGGCGGCAACGCCGACAGCCACCCCGACGCGGACAACCCCGGCCGGCGCCUGCGGAGCUGCAGGUAUCUCUCAGAGGAGGAGGUGCUUCGGCAGCACGCCCGAGUGAAGGAGCUGCUGGAGGCAAACCAAUGCCCCUGCUCACUCUGCUCCCUGCCGCUUCGCUCGCCUUACUUUGUGCGGUGCGCCCGCACCCCGUUCUGCGCCCUGCGUGCCCACUUGACAUGCCUCGCCAUGUGGUUCACGCAUGACGCCCUGCGGAGACGCGACUCGGCGGCGGCGGACGCCUCUACCAGGCACUUGUGCAGUGGUGGAAACAGUGACCCGCAACUGGAUCGUGAUGGCGGCGAUGGUGCCGUGGACGCUACGCUCUCAGCCGGGUCGCUGGCUUUUCCUGCCGUGAACAUCGCGGACGCACAUUCGACGACGAGUGCCGCCUCCCCCGUUGAUCCCGGCUGCAAUGUUUCGCUGAGCCAGGCGAGUCUCUGCGUCCCGUCGCGGUCGCCGAAGCUGCUGCCGUGCCAGCCUUGCCCAUGUCCCUUGUGCGAUGAGACGCUGCAGUGGGGGGCGCUGGUGCACGACCUGAAGCGUCGGGCCGUGCUGGAGCGGCGUUGGGCGGAGCGGCAGCGGCGGGAGAAGAUGGAGGCGGCACUGGCGGAGCGGCUGCAGCGCAUGGAGAACAGCAGCCUGGCGGAGCGACGGUGCCGGCGACAGGAGACGCAGGCGGGGAAGAGGCGGCAGCGCGGGGAGGGGGCUGCGGGGAAUCAGCAGAGCCGCGUACUGGACGGUGUGCCUCGCGGCAACACCAAUGACGCCGCCCUUCCGUUUUCGCCGCCGCUCUGUGGGGAGGAGCAGGGGCCGCUGCGUGUCGACCGCCGUCGCGGGGGGGCUACUGCACCUGCGGCCCAGGUGACGGCGGGGUGGGGGCACGACUCCAUCAGCGACAUAUGCGACAGCGUGCUGCAGCUGACAGAGUUCAACCUCGAGGAUUGGCUAGAGGCAUGA